AUCUCUUGCCUGCUUCCAUGAUUGUAUUUUACUAUAAUUCCAUAUAAAAAUUUCAUGAGCUAUUUGAUCGCAUCGAUGGGUCUUCAAGUGCUGUGGAGCUUUGGGCUUGCAUGUCUUGACAUAUAUGCUUUGACCACAAAGAGAGACAUCUGUAGUCCAGUCUUGGUCAGCCUCUUUUUUGUGGGGGAUUGGGUGACAUCAACAUUAUCACUUGUAGCUGCUUGCUCCUCGUUGGGGAUACUGGUUUUAUACUCUAGAGAUUUUGAAGUUCUGCAACGAUCCAUCCCAACUCCCGUGUAUUGUGCAGACCUAGAAAUACCUAGUGAUCAGGUUAAUUUUGUCCCAAAUUUUGACAAAUCACAAAAAGAGCCAUCUCUACCCCCUGCUAGAAUCCCGAAUCUGGUCCUGAAUGAUGCCUCUGGAAUUGAGAGAUUCCAAAAACACAAUCUGGACAACGUCGCCAAAGCAGCCAUCUUCAAGACACUUGAUCCCAUCACCUUCUCCAAGAUCAAGCAUCUCAAGACUGCCAUGGAGAUUUGGCAAGGUCUUGGUAAGCUAUGUGAGGGAUCAGAGGACCUGAGAAAGCAGAAGAUAGAAGUCCUGCUUGAGAAGUUCAAAAGCUUCAAAAUGCUUCCCGGAGAAUCAUUUUAUAUGUUGGACGAAAGAUUCCACAAAAUCUUGAAUGAUCUUGCAUCACUUAACCACGUUCUUUCUCCCAAGGAAAAGAAUGUAAGGUUACUGAGAUCACUUCCAACCGAGUGGUACACCAAAGCCACAGCCAUGGAAGAAGGAAGAAACUUGGAAAACUACACUGUCCAAGGUCUCCUUGAUGAGCUCAGAACCUAUGAGCAUGAGCUGAAGAAGAAAAAGGAAGAACAAGUCACUCCCUUCCCCACGACACUGAUGACAACUCCAAGAGUCCCAUCAAGUGGAGGGACAUGCCCAAGGAAUUGUGACACACCUUCCUCCAGCCAGCCGUCAAGCUCAAAAAUGGAGAACUGCGAUGAGGAAUUUGCCAUGAUGGUCAAGCAAUUCCGGAAGUUCAAGAAGUUCUUUAAGAAGGCUGACUCAGAAGCCUGGCCACUGGAAGUCAGCAUGCCCGUACCCAAAGGUGGAGAAGUACGGAGAAAUAGAGAGGAACGAGAAGAAAAAAAGGCAAUGGUUGCUGCUAAAAGUGACGAGUCAUCCAGCUCAAGAUCGGAUGAAGAAGCCCUCGUCUGCAUGGAGCGCAGAGUUGAGAAGUCCAACCAUGAGGAUAGGUGGACUAUGUCAGAAGAUGACACUCUCUGCCUAAUGGCCAAAGAUGAUGCUGAUCAAGAGGUAACUUCACAAACCUCCUGCUCAUCUUCUUAUGAAAGCAUACCAACUUCUGAAAAUCUUUUUGACCAGUUCAAAAAGAUGAUGGAAGAUUUUGAGGAAAUAAAUCUCAAACAAUCAUCCUUAACAGAGGAGAACAAACUAUUGAGUGAAGAGAAUCUCAAGUUGACUGAAGGUCGGAAAAGUCAACUGGAUGAGAUCACUCAACUCAAGACUGAAAAUGAAUCUCUCUCUGAAAAGGUGAAAUCCCUUAACAAGGAGCUAGGGAUACUUAAGUCCAAAGAAGCAGUGGAUAAGCUUCUCGAAAUGACCAAACAUAAGGGUCGUGAAGGACUUGGGUUUGACCCCUCUAGUUCCAAAAGGAAAGGGAGAACAACUUUCAUCCCUCCUAAACCUACUGCUAAACCAAAUAAGCAGAAAGGAAAGGAAAAGGAGAAACCAACAGAAGUUCUCAAAAAGCAUGAUCAUGAGGUUCUGGAUCUAUCAGACAAGGAUGAAGAAGUUAAUGAAGGAGAUAGAAUGAAGCCCAUGGAGUUCACUCCAUUCAGAAGUCUACCACUGAAGACUUCACAGAGAAAUCCGGAUUCAGACAGUGCUGAGCCUUCCGGAAAUCUUGGCCAGCCUUCCAAUAUUCCGGAUCACUCAAACGGCGACAAUUUCGGAAAUGGCGACCCAGUGCCAAUCCAUCCGGAAACACCAACAACUUCUGUUCUUCAACCAGAAGCUGAACUAGAUCAACCAGUCAAUCCCAAUCAACACAAUCUUCAUUGGUUAAGGGAUCAUCCUUCUCAACAGAUCAUUGGAGAUAUUCAAUCUGGCGUUCGCACAAGGAGUGCCCAACAGAAUCUAGAAGCUAUGCUUGCUUAUUCUUCAGAUUUUCUCACUCAAAUUUCUGAGAGAAUGAAGAUUGUUGACGCUAAUGUCCAUUUCCAGAAAUUGGAAGCCAAAUGCUCUUCACCGGCGUUCUAUCAAAGCUAUUUGGAGAUGAUAGCCGCUCAAGAACUCUCCGAAUUUCUUCAUAUGGAAAUCCACCUCAAAUAUGAAGAAGAAGUUCUUGAAUUCUACAAAAAUGGAGAGGUCAAGACUGCUCAUUCAAAGAAGGACCCACAGAGGACGUUUCCAGUCAUCAAGUCCACUGUUGGAGGUACGAAAGUGAAGCUUUCGCAGAGGAAAUUGGGAGAAAAGCUUCACCUUCCCAACUUUGGAGCUAAAAUUGGGAGAUUUCAAGUCAAAAAUCUGGACUGGAAUAUUAUUGGAAUUUCUGGGCAAAUUCCUUCUCGCCCAGCGAAGAAAGCAGACCUGAACAACGACUACAAACUCGUUCUGGAACUGGUCAUCGCAUGCCUUGAGUGUGGAAGUGGAGGACAUGCUGAUGAGAUCACCCAGGAGAGAGCCUUCAUCAUCAACGCUCUCAUUACCAAAUCAAAGAUAUUGGCUAUACUACCUGUCUUCAAAAGGGAAAACAGAACUGGUGCUAGUGCUACUGCUGAGGAAAGUUCUUCAGACAAUGUCCCACUCAUCAAUUUGACGAAAACUGCCAAAAGAAAGCAAGUGGUGUCUCCCUCUCUCAGUGUAGAAGCACCACAGAACCUUGUUCUAGUAAAUCUUGAAGAAGAAGAAGAAGUCUCUGACCAAGGAGAACUUCAAAAGAAGAAGAGGAAAAUCACCUCUCCCUCAACAUCUGGAAAUGUCAACCUGGAUGAGUUGAAGGAGAAGGAACCUGCUGAGGAAACCUCUGCCCACAACCAAAGUCCUCAACAACUGGAAGAAGAAGCUCAUCAAGUCCAUAGUGUUCAAACCCGCUCACCUAAACCCCAAACAGAUGAUGCUGAUAACCAAUUCUGGCAACUCUACUAUGACUGGAGAGCUUGGAAGGUUGGAAAUUCAGCAGAGCAGUUGUUGGGUUGGGACCAACAACUAAAGAAUGAGAAGAUCAUCAAGAAGUGCUUAGGACUGCCAGUCAACCACAGCUGUGAACAAAUCUUGGAUGAUGCUUGGGUAUGGCAAAGGAACUAUGAAGACUUACAUUUGGAACACCUGGCCACCACACCAGUUUCAGAAUUUGAAGUGGAUGAUGAGGAUCCUGCAGUCUACAGGCCAGUCUUCUCAAAAGCCACAGAAGAUCAGGUGGUUCUCACUUCUGAAGCACAAGCUGACUUGGAAACAACAGCUGAGAAUUUCCAAAUAUUUCCAGAAACCUCAUCUGCCUUUGAAACGGUUCUGCCUGAAGCUGGAGUCUCUACUCCACAAAAACAGAACCAGGAAGCACCAGAUGAAGAACUUCAGCAACAUCUCCAGUCUCAAGUCCUUGAGAUCCUCACAACUGCUUGUGAGAUCUCCAACCAGCCUGAACUUGAGAUCCCGGAGAAGUCAGGAGAAAUUCUGGAGCAGUCCACUUUUCCAGAAACAACUAAAGCUCAAGAGGAGCAAGCUAAUGAAGCUGAAGAAAGAGACUCCCUCUCUGGAUAUAUAUCAAAUUUUGUGCUUGAUGAAGCAGAAGGAGAGUUUGAGACGACACUAAGGAUUGCUGAUGAAGAAGAUGUGCAAGAAGAUGCUGAAUCUCUUCCUAUGCAACUCUUUCAAAGAACACCCUCUUCUCAUCAGGUAACCAACUUCCAUUUCCAUAGCUCUUCCAUUCCUACUUUUCCGGAUGAGGUACCAGAAAUCUGGACAAAGAAGGUCCAAGGGUUGAUUGAAUCAGCCCUAGCAUCUCAACAUGCCUCCUUUAGGCAAGAGAUAGAGCAGAUGGAAGCCAGGUACACUAAGCUGAUAGAGAAAUCUGAAGAGAAACACAGCUCAGAACUCAAGGAAAUAAGCAAAUCAGUAAAAAAGACUCUAGAGAUCAUCUCUCUAUUGAGUAACACUGUGAGCAACACGAUGGAGACAUAUGCAUCUGACAAUUAUCUUCAACUCAAGGAGGUUAACAAAAUCAAAGAGCAAAUAGCAAAUGUCACUGUCAGCCUACAGAAGCAAAUGUCUCUUCUCCAAAUGGACAUCAGAUCAGCUCUGGCAGUGUCUUCAGCAAAUCAGGUAGUAACCAAAGACUACUUGAAGGUGAUCAUUGACAAUCAGAAGGAAGCGUUCAAACUGUUCAGCCUUCUUAAUACAAAUUCUGGAAACCACAAGAUGGAAGUGACUCUUCAACAAUACAGUCCAUCCUUGAUUCCAGAGCUCCCUAUUGCAGUCAAAGAAGGAGAAGUCUCUUACAGAGGCUGGCAUGUUUACUGGUUGGUAAACUGUAAACCCAUGGUUUUCGUUGCUGACGAUGCUAAUAAAUGGUGUCAUUUUCAGGCACUUACAGAGGCAAUGCCGCUCUCAGACAUAGAUCAAAAUGCAGUUAAUUUUGUCCCAAAUUUUGACAAAUCACAAAAAGAGCCAUCUCUACCCCCUGCUAGAAUCCCAAAUCUGGUCCUGAAUGAUGCCUCUGGAAUUGAGAUUGUGCAGACCUGGAAAUACCUAGUGAUCAGGUCUGCUGAGCCCUUAAAACAGGCACUUACAGAGGCAAUGCCGCUCUCAGACAUAGAUCAAAAUGCAGUUAAUUUUGUCCCAAAUUUUGACAAAUCACAAAAAGAGCCAUCUCUACCCCCUGCUAGAAUCCCGAAUCUGGUCCUGAAUGAUGCCUCUGGAAUUGAUGUGUGCAUCGCCACAAAUAACCCUCCACACAAUCUUGGAGAGCUUGUUGAUGCAAUGUCUUCCUAUAUUUAUAACCAGAAGUAACGGUAAAAAUGAAUUCAGUUAUUUCACAUUGUUAUGGUGAGAUUACUUCUCAUUGCCAUUUUGAGAUCUGUUAUUUCACAUUUCCAUUUUGAAAGUAUUUUAAUUCUGAUGGAGGUUCCUUUUUUGUUUUUCUAUUUGACUAUUUCCAUGCAAUCUAGCAGUCUCCUUUUUUCCCCAAAAAAGAAAAGCAGAUGUGUUUU